GCCCACACCCAAUAACGAAGUGGUUAAAGUAGGGAAUUACAGAGGAAGCUAUGGCCAUGGCAGCCGUCUCCGGCGAGAAACGGGAAAUUUUUAGAGUUUAACGAAAUAGAGAAGUAGAAGAUUCGAAGGUCCGAUCGAAGGAAUUGACUGCUAGGAAAUCUUGAAAUUCAAUUCCAUGGCUCCCGCCAAGAUUACUGUCGCCGCUCAUAUUCUCAGCAAGAAACUUCAAUUCAAACCUCAGCUCUGCAAGUUCCUCGGCAUUCCUCUCGUUUCUCCCCGCGGCGAUAUUCCCAUCCUAAUCUCCAAGUUCCUCAAGCUCUAUCAACCUCAGAGCCCUGGRCUCAGAAAGGACAGGAUCUGGGAGGAGAACUUGAAAGCCAUAUUAUGCGGAAAAGACGGAGUUGGGAUGCCAGAGGUUAACAAAAUACUCUCUCCGCAAUUCAAUGAUUCAAGUCUAAGAAAUAUGGAAAUGGAACGUCAAAAAGAUAUCAGGCAUGACAGAAGAUGAGGCCGAGGUGGAUAGGCUCUGACCGUUCUGGAGUGCGCCUUUUGAGUUGAUGAAUUGAGCUAGAAGCUGCUCUGUUAGACUAGAACUUUCGGCCUUUCGGGUGAGCCCCAUUUAACAAAUUCAUCUGUGAAAAGUUUUCUUUCUUAUCUCACACUGUUAAUUAUGGAGUAGUUGAUAAAAGACUGAUCAAAGAAAGUGUCUCUCUCUGACGAUUCCAUGUUUUGCUUUUCUUUUUUCUUGAUAUCUAUAUUUCAAGUGCGUUCGUGGGCUGUUCUGACCUGAAAAUUAAGCAUACUUUUGCUGAAUCUGGAAGAAUAGAUUACCUUCCCUUUACUUUAUAGCA